AAAAAAAAAAAAAAAAAAAAAAACAGGAGCGUAGGGCGAGGAACAGGACGCUCUGCCAAAUCAGUAACGUCAGCAGCGGCAGCGGCAGUGGCAGCGGCAACAACAAUAACAAGUCAAUUCAGAAAGGCGGCAAACACAGCAAAACGGCAAACUGGUCCGAUUGAAGCGGUAGAACGCUGUUGCCACUAAUAUGCGUGUGAUUUCGCCGCGUAGAUCCUCAACGUCAGCAGCGGGCAGUGGCAGUCUCUACGGCACAACGUCGACCAACGGCGCUGGCAGCUCGACCAGCUCCGGCAGCAGCAGCAGCGGCAGCACCACCACCAGCGGCAUCGGCGCCGGCGGCACAAGCAACGGCUACUCGCGCUACUCGAGCAGCUACUACGAUAAUCGCGGCAGCAGCCUAUCGAAAUUGCUGCCCUCAUCAGCUGGCACGGGCAGCUCCACAGCCGGCACAUCGUCCACAUCCGCCUACAAUCAUCACAGCAGCAGCGCAAGCAGCUACUAUCCCAGCUCCUAUUCAGCGUAUUCGUAUACGCCGCGCGUCAAUACACAGCGGAAUAGCAUCGGAUCUGCAUCGUAUCUGAGCGGCGGUUCCGGAUCUGCACUCAAUUCUGGAUAUCGAAAUAGUGCAUCGUAUUUGAGCGGCUCCAAUUAUGAUUCAGUUUCGUACGGCCGAUGCGGAUUGCCGCGUCGAGCAAAGGGCACAACAUCGAAUGGCGACGGGGCAGCAACAAGCUCGACGGGCACAACAACAACAACAACAGGCACAGCAACUAAGAAAGACGAUUGGGGCUUGAAGCAACGCCGAGAUGCUGCCAAAAAGCUGCCACCGAGCGGUGCAGAUAGCAAUGGCAACGAUGCAACAGCUAACGGCAGCAGCUCAAAACGUUUGUCCAGCUCAUGCUCAUCAUCAUCCCUAGCACAUUUUGUUGCCACAUCUGCCCUGGACAUAUACGAAAAGUACAGUCCGGCCAACUAUAAACCCAACUGUGAACUGUCACGUUCCAGAUCGGCGGUCAAUGAAGCCGACACUGACAACCGCAACAGCAACAACAGCAACAACAACAACAGCAGCAACGAUAACAGCGCCACCUGCACCGUUACACUGGACACACCGCGCAGCAGCAGCCGCUAUAGUCGCCUAUACAGCAGCAACAGCGAUGCCGGCGGCGCGGAUACAUCGGCCAGCGAAACAUCACAUCUACGGCAGCGCAGCGGCUCAGGCAGAUACACGCUCAGCGGCAGCAACAGCAGCGGCGAUGUGCCAACGGCGACUUUUACGCUGCGCAGCAAUCGAACGCGUCGCAAUGCUGCACAGGAUGUGGCUGCGAAGAGCAUUACCAAUGGCCAUGCGGCUGCGCUGGAGGCGAACAGCAAUGGGCUGGACGCCAAGCUCAAUGGACUAUCGCUGCUGUCGACGUCGCCCAAACGCAAUGCCAUCUACGAGAGCUCCAGCGUAACGGCAGCGGACACCACAGACGAUGCGACGGCGUCGACGUCGACGUCGGCAACAGUUAAUAACCUAACGGUGGCAGCUGGCAAGGGCAAGGCCAAUGGUGAUGUCAAUGGCGCAGCUGAUGGCGACGCCGAUGCUGAUGGUGAUGUCAGCGCCACAGCAACGCUGACGCUGGCAGAGAGCGCCGCUGCGCGCAGCAAGAUGAUGUUAGACAUUAAGAAAACCAGAGGAUUCCAUAAGAUUCCAGCGUCCAAACUGCAGCGCGAGGCAAACACUGCGGCAGCAGCAGCAGCAGCAGCAGCGACAACCGACGGCCAACAGCAAAGAGGCAGCAAUAAUAGUCAGCAGCACCAGCAACACCAGCAACAACAUCAGCAGCAUCAGCAGACGGCGUCGCGACACGCCAAAUCCUUGAAAGCCAGCGGCGCUGGCGGCGUCAGCAUUGUCCACAAGCAAGCGACUGCUCUCAAAUACGUUGCCAGCAACGGGACAGGACCAAGCGGCAGCAGCGUGCGUGCAGCCGGACAAAAUUCAAGCACAGUUGCCGGUGGCGGCGGCGGCGGCGGGGUUAAUCCUGUGCGUGCGGCCAAUCAGCGGUAUUUCUUGGUAUCCAGCUACAAGGAUCCCAGCUUUCUCAAGGCCGAGUGCGAGCUGGCGCAUGCCCAGGUGACGCUCAAACAGACGCAAGCUGGCAGAAGCAACAAGCGCAACAAAACCAGCGACGAUCACAAGAAUAACAACAACAACAACAGCAGCAACGGCAACCGCAACGGCAAACUAGCAGCAGCUGCAGCCGCGUUAGCAGCAACAAACGGGGGCAUUGGGGGCAGCGAGAUUCUAUUGAAUGACAUGCGUCGACCGACGACGCUCAAUGGCAACAAAGCGGCCGGCACGAACAGCAGCAACAGCAACGCCAGUAGAACAACAACAACAACAACAGCAGCAACAGCAACAACAACAAUAGCUGGCGGCAACAACACAGCCGUCCACAGGAUCGAUAUUAGAUAUAGCCAUAGUCAGGGCAAGCAGCAGCUGACCUUGGGCCAAAAGGCAACAGUUGGAGCAGCAGCAACAUCUUCAGCAGCAGCAGCGGCAGCAGGUGGACGACUUGCGGCUGGCAAGCUGAAGCCGCUUGUGCUGCAGUGCAAUAACAAUCACAGCGCCAUGAAUAGUCACAGCAGCUACAGCAAUAACAUUAACAACAACAACAGCAGCAACAAUAGCAACAGCAACAACAACAGCAUGCAACGCCAGCAACAACAGCAACAUCAGCAACACGAUGACAUUAGCUACAUUGAUAGCGACGAUACACCGACAAGCACAGCAGCAACAGUUGCUGCUGUAGCAGCAGCAACAACAACAGCAACAGCAGCAACAACAACAACAACAUCUGGAGCAACAACAUCGGGCCAAAAGCUGGCCAAUAUCUGUUAUUUUAAGCCCAUAACGCCGCCCUUGCAGCUGCGCAGCCAGCAGCUGAGCAGCAGCAGCGGCAGCAGCGGCGGCGGCGGCGGCGACAAGCCAAUUGGCCACCGUGCGAUGCGGCCCAAGUCCACAAUCAUCUCGUUUUCCAAUUCGAAUUUUGCGGCCAGCUAUGAGAAGUUCAACAACUAUAAGCACACAAAUGGCGAACAACGGCCCAAGGAGCGGGAACGGGAACGGGAGCGUGAGCGGGAGCGGGAGAACGGCAGCGGCAAUGCCAGCAAUGCGCGUCGCUACGGCAUCGAUUCACUCAGUAUUAAGGCCUCCAUUGAGAAGUUCAAUAAUCUCAGCGAACAGAAGCGACAGCCAGCCCCGUUGCGCAAUAAUCCAACAGCAGCAACAGCAACAACAGCAGCAGCGGCGGCGGCGUCGGCAACAACAGCAGCAACUGGCGUCGCUGCUGCAGCAGCAACAUCGGGCAGCAGCAGCAAUCUGCAGCAGCGCUACAGCGGCGACAUGGAGAACGCUCGGAUUGCGGCCGGUUAUAGCAGCUCCUUGACACGGGCCGCGUAUCGGACCAGCAGCGGCAACAAUGCCGCGACGGCCACGACGGCAGCGACCGCGACCGUGGCGCCCAUGAGCAAAUCGGCCAGCCGGAUUGCGCACGGUCUGUUGGCCAAGGCGGCGACCAAUUCCGAUUGUCAGGCUGGCCAAGCGAUUGCGGCGGCGUCUGCAACCGCCAGCAGCCACAAGGUAUCACGGAAUACCGGAGGCACCGUUCGUUCAGUGCUACCACCUGUCUCGCCAACAUCCAGCCGCUAUUGGGAUCGGGACAGCGGACGCAACAAUACCAACGCCACAUCCUCUUCCAUUGGCACAUCAUCGUUGAGCAAUAAGCAUAAUAAUCUCGAUGAUGGCUACAAAAGCACCCGUGACGAGAAGUUCGAGGGUCUAUGCGGUCUGAGAAACAUUGGAAACACUUGCUUCAUGAACUCGGUCAUCCAAUGCCUGAGUCACACGACUGAGCUGACGCGUUUUCUGCGCGCACAUCAUACCAGCACGCGCACGGCAACCUCCAAGGAUCAGCAAAUACUACACGAAUUUGCCAAACUCAUACAGGAAAUGUGGACGACAAAUGUGCACAGCGUAACGCCGAUGGAACUGAAGCGCGCCUUUUCGACAAAGCAUCGCAUGUACAGCGAUUACAAUCAACAGGAUGCGCAGGAGUUUCUGCGCUUCUUUCUUGACUCGCUGCACUCGGCGCUCAACACCGGCGUCAAAGGUGAAACGCUUAACAUUGAUGAUAAUCUCAGUGACAAUAAGAAGGCCGAUCUGACUUGGGAGUGGUAUGCUAGGCAUGAGAAUUCCCUGAUACGUGAUCUGUUUGUUGGUCAAUUGAAGAGCACACUAAAGUGCACAACGUGUGGAAAUACAAGCGUUACCUUUGACCCAUUCUGGGACUUGAGCGUGCCACUACCAUCGUCAUCGCGCUGCAAACUGGAGGCCUGCUUAGAUCUGUUCAUACGCGAAGAGGUGCUAGACGGUGACGAGAUGCCCACAUGCUCCAAAUGCAAGACACGCCGAAAAUGUACCAAAAGCUUUACCAUACAGCGUUUCCCCAAAUAUCUGGUGAUACAUCUCAAACGCUUCUCUGAAACGCGCUGGAGCAAGCUCUCGAAUAUUGUUGAGUUCCCCACAGCGGAUCGUGAGCUCAAUAUGGCCUCAUAUGGCGCCAACGCAAAUUCGAAUGUGCAUUAUUCGCUCUAUGCGAUCUCCAAUCAUAUGGGCUCAACGGCUGGUGGUCAUUAUGUGGCACUCUGUAAGCAUCCGGUCUCACACAAGUGGCAUGAGUUCAAUGAUAAUAGCGUCAGCGAUGCUAUACCUGAAAACUGUCUCGUUUCAUCCAGUGCCUAUAUUUUAUUCUACGAACGAGCGUAAAGCUAACUCCCCACAAUUACCUAGCAGUUGAAUCCAAUAAGCAUUAACAACAACAGCAACAACAACAACAGCAACAGCAACAACAGCAGCAACAACAACAACAACAA